CACACACACACACACACACACACAGUCACACAUGCACAUAGAAAGAGGAAACAGUUGGAUAGGAACUCAGAAAUCAUGUGACUGAUGACUAAGUUAAAUUUUUCCUAUUUACUGGAAGGAAGAGUCUGAUGAUUUGUUACCGAUUUUUUUUUUUGCAUUUUUAAAGUUUUGGAGCUAUCACAUUAUGUUAUCAUUUAUGCUCUUUUCUACUAUGUUUUCUUCCAUACUUACUGAACCUGAGGAGCAACACUGGACCUGCAGCUCCUCUGAUGCAACCAUUGCUUACACCUACUGUGAUGACAUUAAAUUUCCUAUUUUAGUUAGACCUGAUCCCUGUAUAUCAUUGAAAGGCACUGAAGGAUUUUUGCAUAUUUUCUACAUUCCAAGUAAGUAUAUAUAUUUUUUUGUUUCUGUAGAUCAGCUACCAGUGUUGUCUAUGAAGGGAUGUUCCAUACAAUUAAAAAAAGAAAGAUCACCUAAUAAUGAUGUAUUUUGCAUUAUGUUUGCAGAGACUGUGAAUACAACAAUACCGUUUUCCUUCAGGGGAAUACUAUUUCUUAAGGGCCGAUACAGAUGUGUUGCAGAAGCCAUUGCUGGGCAUACUGAAGAAAAACUCUUUUGUUUGAAUUUUACCAUCACACACCACCCUCGUCUCAAUUAGAAUAAAUUGAGUAUAUUUUUAUUUUUCAAAA